UACAUCUUGGCUUUGGAUGGAGACACAAACUUGCAGCCCACUGAUCUUAAGAUCCUCAUUGAGCACAUGAAAAUGUAUCCUCGUGUUGGGUCUGUGUCUGGCAGAAUUCACCCCACUGGGACAGGUCCUGUAGUUUGGUUCCAGAAGUUUGAGUAUGCUGUUGACAACUGGUUACACAAGACAACCCAACAUGUUUUUGGCUGCUUGUUGUGCACCCCUGGCAGCUGCAGUCUGUUAAGAGCAGAGGCACUGAUGGAUGGCAAUGUGAUGGAAAGUUUUUCUACUAAACCCACUAAGCCUAAGCACUACAUCCAGUACGAUCAAGGUGAGGACCGAUGGCUAACUAGUUUGCUUUUAAUGCAAGGAUGGACAGUGGAGUACAUUGCUGCAUCUAACUCUUACAGCACAGUACCACAGACCUUGAAAGAACUAUUUAACCAGCGACGACGUUGGGUGCCAACCACAAUGGCCAAUUCAAUUGAUCUGCUGGUCACUAAUUUCAGUAUUUCCAUGAGGAAGUCACCCAUGUCCAGGCUAUUCAUACUCUACGAAUUAUUUGCUCUCUUCAUAUUUAUUGUAACACCGGCUAGCACCUGUUUUUGUGUAGCAGGCAUUUUGUCCUUCCUCUUCGACUUGAGUUUUGCUGUGGCUCUGGCCAUAGCUCUGAUCCCUCCGGCCAUCUACGUGGGACUCUGCUUUAAGCUCAAAGAAGAAACUCAGAUCACUACUGCAGCAGUUUUGAGCAUCUUAUAUAUAUUCCUCAUGUUGGUCUUGAUAAUGACAACAAUCGGGUCAAUGGUGAAAAGAAACGCCAUUCUGACGCACAACAGCAUCUUUUUCAUCCCUAUGGUCAUUCAUUUAAUCAUAACCACAAUCCUGCAUCUUAAGGAAUCAUCAAUGGUGUUCUAUACCUGGUUCUACAUUAUCUGUGUACCAAGUUACGAUAUCCUGAUUUUUAUCUACACCGUGAUCAACAUGAACUGCAUCCACUGGGGCACCAGAGAGCUAAAACCUGAUGAUGAUGAUGAAAUUUUUGACCCUGAAGUGAUCCCACGGUCGACAAAAGCACAUAAAUGUUGGAUAAAAAAGCUACAGAGUUUGUCCUGUGAUGUAAAGCUGCAGGAGGAUUCGCUCUGUAAGGAAGAGGAAAAGUACUGGAAAGAGGUGCAGGAUAAGCACCUGCAGCCUUUUCAUCAUAACAAGGAGACCAUUGAAAAGAAUAAAAAUGACAUGAUAAUGUUUAGAAACAAGAUCAGCUUUUGGUAUUUCGUUGUGAAUGUCCUAUGGAUGCUGCUUCUUUUCAUCAUCAAGACCAGUAAACUCUCCCCCAGCCUGAUAAAGACUGACGUCAACCUUCAGGAAAAUGGAGAAAUAAUCCAAGCUGAGUUAGUGGGUUUGACGUAUUUACUGGGACCUUCUUUCUUAAUUUGGUUCCAGUUUUUUGGCAUGCUGUGUUACAGAGCUCAAACCAUCAUUGACUACAUUGCAUCUUGGGGCACUGAGCCUGAACAACACACCUGGAAGAAAAAACAAUCUUAA